UCUCACGCAUGCCUCUUCCCCCAACCCCACGCCCCUACUCUCAUUCCUGCACCCGUGUUGAAGUCGCGAAUUCUUCCUUCUGUCACGUUCAGUGUGCGCCCUUCCUUCUGUCACGUUCAGCUGCUUUCUGCGUCGACGAGCAACGUAGGCAAACGCCAGGUGUCGUUGCGUUUUCCACGCGUGCUGUUCCACCGAGGAUUGGCGGAAAUUCCAGCCAUCUGCGGUACUGUAGGGUAGGACUGCCGCGCUGCGACGAGGACCAUGGUCGGGGGUGCCCGCCAUGACGCCGCGCCAUCGCUGACCAGCUCCAACAUCUUCGCCGCGCUCGAGGGCCGCAAGAAGAAGUCCGCCGCCAAGAAGAAGGACAAGGCGCCCAAGGACGCGCCGCACGGAGCGGCGGCGGCGUCGCAAGCCCCGGGGGACGGCCAGAUUUGGGGGUCGGCGGCGGUGACGGUAUCGUCAUGGGCGGACUGCGAAGAUGACGACGACGACUACUUCGCCACCGCCACGCCGCUCCCGCCCACGCAAGCCCACGCGCACGCGGGCGCUGGCGGCAGCCGCGCGGGCGAGGGGGCGGGGGAGGCGGAGGAGAGCGAAUCGGAGGACGAGAUGUUUGCGGACGAGGUGGGCGGGCACGACGAGCACGAAGAGGAGGAGGAGGAGGAGGAGGAGGAGAAACCGCGCGACGCGCCCACCGAGGCGCCGCCGUCACAGCAGGAGCAGGCGGCGGCAGCGGCGGCAGCGAAGGAGCGCGAGAAGGAGCUGGACCGGCAGCUGUCGAAGAAGGAGCAGAAGAAGAAGGAGCUGGCGGAGCUCGACGCCGUGCUCGCCGAGCUGGGGCUCGCCGCCACCCACAGUAAACCCGCCGCCGAUCAACAAGACGGCAAGGGCGAGGCAGCGGCAGGAGUGGCGGCGCCGGCGUUGACGGAAAGCAAGAGUGCGCGGCGGCGCAAGGCGAAGAAGGACAAGGGCAAGGACAAGGACGCGGACGACGGCGACAAGCCCAAGGACGCUGACAAGCCCGCCAACGGUGCCGCAGAGCCCGACGGCGACGCAGCUGCAGCAGCGGUGGCGGUGGUGGAUGCGGAGCGGCUGAGGAAGCUGGCUGCCAGCAAGGGCGCUGGCAGCAAGUCGAAGAAGGGCGGGUCGGCUGAUGCUUCCGCCAAGGCUGCUGCUGAGGCCAAGGAGAGAGCAGCGCGGCUGGCAGCAGCCAAGAAGAAAGACAAGAGCACGCACAACCAGGCGCCACGCUAGGCAGGGGCACGCGAUGAGGGGGCGUGUUACGCUGGGGCUUGCACAGGGGAUUGGGGUGGCAGGAGGUUGCUGUGGUGUGCUGGGUUGGGUUGGUUGGGAGUCACGCAGAGAGCUUUGGUUUCCAGCCUUUAGGUCCGUGUCGUGACUUAGUCGGAUGGUUCUGGUGACCUUCUCGAAUGCAGCUUUGAGGCUUGCUCGGAAGACGUUGCUAGCCAGCGCCGCAGGUUCUUGCAUUUUCACAAGGUGACUGGAAGUGCAGCGUACCUGCCUAGUGUGUCAAUUGGCGUGUACUGUGUUGAAUUGGCUGCACACGACGUGGAAGUUGAGAGACCUCUCGAGUCCUGACUGUGUCAAGGCAUUGCUGCUGAGGUGAUCCAUGAAGAGGUUUUGAGAUCCAGUAGUGCAGUUUUCAUGGGCCCUCCCUCCGAAGGACAGCCUUCUAUCACAUGCUCAUUGCCUGCCAUUUGCG